CGCGUCCUCAGCUCGAGCUCCUCAUCCGGCCUGCGCGGUGCCCCACAGGCAAAACACAACUUUCCCACAGGCGCGUCCGCCGCUCAGCCGUCCUGCCUCCCCACGACACCGAGCCAGACGUCCAGCCAGAGAGGGCGUUUGAAAGGAUGAGCCGUAGCGUUUACCGGAAUAUCCACAGACUGUCAUUAUGUUUCCAGCGUGAUGUGUGGAGACACCGAGGGGCUUUUUAAGUGAGACGCUGCUAUGUGGCAUCGAAGGGACGCUCCAGAAAACUGCCCCCCCCUCUUCUCGCAGCGGACUAGCAUAUACCUGGACUCUUCUGAAUAGCUCCACCCAUUUUUAACGUACAUUUUUGUGCUACUUUGCUGGACUGUAAACUGCCCAGGCUUUGUUUUUGUAGCAGACUGGGAAGCUGUAGCUAAUAUUAAAAUGGGCACUCAGGUCACGGGGAGGAAGAGGAUUCCCAACAGGGAGAAACUGACGGCGGAGGAUGAUGCUCUGAGUCAAAUAGCCCGAGAGGCGGAGGCAAGAUUGGCGGCUAAACGGGCGGCUCGGGCAGAAGCUCGGGAGAUCCGCAUGAAGGAGUUGGAGAGGCAGCAGAAAGAGAUAUAUCAGGCUCAGAAGAAAUAUUAUGGGCUGGACAGCAAAUGGGGCCAUAUUGAGCAGUGGAUGGAGGACAGUGAGCGGUACUCUCGCCACUCGCGGAGACACGCCUCGAUUUCAGAUGAUGAGGAGCGGAUGUCUGUUGGGAGUCGGGGCAGUUUGAGGGGAAACUACUCGGACCUGUGUAGCAGCACCGGCAGCCUGCCUUCAUCCAGACUUCAAAAUGGCCGGGGCUCGUUGUAUGAGGAGAAUGCGUCCGGUGCUAGGCGGUUCAGUGGCUCCAGCACCCGUGGCCCCUCGGACUACAGUGGUUUUCUGGGGUCCAGUUCCAGGGCCUCGUCUAGGGCCAGCUCAGCCCGUGCCAGCCCAGUGGUGGAAGAGCGGUCAGACUUCCUGGAAAAGGGGUCCAGAACAGCUUCCACUCUCUCUGCUGCCACUCUGGCCUCACUGGGUGGGGGCUUAUCUCGGAGAGGCAGCUGUGAUACCUCAAUCUCAGCUGACACGGAAGCCUCCAUACGUGAGAUAAAGGAUUCUCUGGCAGAGGUAGAGGAGAAGUAUCGCAAGGCCAUGGUGUCCAACGCUCAGCUGGACAAUGAGAAGUCCAACCUGAUGUACCAGGUAGACACGCUGCGAGACACUCUGAUGGAGCUGGAGGAGCUGCUGUAUGAGACACGCAGAGAGUGUGAGGAGAGAACCAAGGAGUAUGAACGAGAGCGACAUGCUCACAGCAUCCUACAGUUUCAGUUCAGUGAGAUGAAGGAGACGUUAAAACAGAGCGAGGAGUUACUAACGGACGCACAACAAUUGCGUGCGAAGCAGGAGAGCUAUGUUAGCGAGAUUUCAGACCUGCAGGAAACGCUGGAAUGGAAGGAGAAAAAAAUCGGGGCCUUAGAGAGGCAGAAGGAAUAUUCGGAUAUUAUCCGAGAUGAGCGGGAUGCACUGAGGGAUGAGGUUUUCCGGCUCAGGGAUGCUCUAAAGAAACAUGGCAUAGUUCUUGGAUCUGAGGUGACAACAAAUGGGGAAGUGGGAGGAAACCCAUUAGACGCACGAGAAGAUGAGGAAUCGGCCUCUAGACUGGCUCAAGAUCUCCACACGCCUAAUACGAGUGGUGACAAUAUUUUGGAGAUCCGGUUGAGGAAGCUGGUUGAGGAGAGGGAGGGUUUGCUUGAACAGGUCAGGAAGCUGAAAGCUGUUGUGGAGCAAAAGCAGAGGAAUGGCACAGAGGAGGCGGUCAGCCCAGAUGAAGAUGACCUCCAGAAUGGCCUGGACCCUCAUAUCCUGGAUUUACAGAGAGAUGCUAACAGGCAAAUCAGCGACUUGAAAUUUAAGCUGGUGAAGUCUGAGCAGGAGGUCGCAGCUCUUGAGCAGAACAUCAUUCGGCUGGAGGGUCAGGUGACCCGCUAUAAAACUGCCUCUGAAGCAGCAGAGAAAGUGGAGGAUGAGUUGAAAGUGGAGAAGCGUAAACUGCAGAGAGAGCUGAGGUCUGCUCUAGACCGCAUCGAUGAACUGGAGGCCAGCAACAGCCACCUGUCCAAGAGACUGGAGAAGAUGAAGGCCAAUCGGAGUGCACUGCUGGCCCAGCAGUGAUGCCUGCCCGAGCCCGCUGCCCUGCCCUCAAACUGCUUUCAUCAUCUAUUGGCAUCAGCCCUGUAGCACCCACACCUCAUUUCAUGAUCUACAGUUACAAAUUGAACAGGCCCAGUAAUCAGCGAUGUUAAUUACCCAAACUACGUGCCAUUCUAAAACACUUCAGAUGAAAACUCACACCUGCAGAAUUGUUUAACUGGAGUAGCAGUGCCCUAGUGGCAUUAAGGCUCACUGCAUUAUUUGAGUCUAGGACAGGAGCAGAAUAAAGGUGUUUGAGAUUCCUUAUGAACAGGAUGAAGGUGCCAUUUCCGGAGGAGUCUUGAUGAGCAUUGAACAUUUCUUGACCUUGCUGGAUUCAGCCCAUGGACCACACUGUUCCCCUGUGUUCUUGGAGCAAUCUGAACAUGAAGCACAUUGAUAGGAGUUCACAGGAGCAUAUCAGCAUCGUGGGCGUUGACUUUGGCGCCACCUAGUGGCUAACGCACUUUAUCAGUCAUCUCUUUCUGCAGCAUGGAGAUUCUGGUCCGGAGCCUGGAAACAUAGCUACAGACAUACAGGCUGGCAGAUGAAGGGAUUGGGCUGUUCCAGUGUACACGGGUGUGUUGUCCACGGACACCACGUGCUGUUGGAUUCACAGACACUGUGCUUCCUCUCGGCAGGGAGCUGAACAAUCAACAUAAUUAGUAGCUACUCCUCUCUGGAGGCAAAAGAAUAUAGAGCAUAUGACUCUGGAGUGCGCUCAGUUGACCUAUCCAGGCUUCGAUCACGAAUGCGUUCUUUCAUAGCAACUGUUGCCGGGUUGGACAAGCUUUACAGAAUGUCUGCAAAAAUCAGAUUCAACCUAAUGAAAAAUUGUAGCACUCUUUUGUUAAAGGAGCUACAUAACAUUGAGGUUUCAGUCUAAAAUACUGCACUACUUCUGAUAGUGUGACCUCACACAUUCAAAAUGAAUAGAAUUUUUGUGUUUUACGUUACGAGCUACAAAUUCUCAGUAGGUUGGAAGAUGGAAGAAGAUAUAGAAUGGACGAUAUAAGAUGCACAGGUGUGUUAUUACAUUUAGUUUGCAUUACAAAAUGCAUUUACUAAUGUGCAAAAAGUGCACAAAUGAACUAGCUAUUAAGUCUAGUUGGGACCUAUAUUACGUUAACUAUAAUAAUUGUGGCUCUGCAUUAAAUAAGUAGAUCCAUUAAAGUACUUCUGAAAUGUCAACAUAUCUUUCACAUCAUUCCUUUAUGCCAGAAAAGAAAGACUUCUGGUGAUAAUGAGUCAGACAGGCAAGUACUAGAUGGGAUUCAUUAUAAAACUUAUAUAUCAUACAUCCAUUCCAGUUAAGCAGAGCCAGAAAUAGGACCUAAUGCGUUUGACCAAACUGUUGCACACUUGUGUGAAUAUCUGUAAAAUACACAGAUUAUUGGCCACUUAAUGAAGGGGCCCUAUGUUUUGUUUAUUUUUUUGUAUAUAUGUGUCUGCAGAUGGGGGUUUGUCCAUGUCAGAGGGUGUCAUAGAUGUCAAAGGGAUAAAAAGACAGCACUUGUCCAUCUAGUUUGCCGAAUCAUGGUGCGAGAACAUGGACAUUAUAUGGACAUUCAGUAGACAGAACAGGCACUUGGGAUAUCACCAGCUUAAAACAUCAGUGGCUUUGGGUUUUUGAGGUUUUGUUAAGAAAAAACAAAAUGAUAUUGCAAUAAUGCUUAUUUUGUUUGAAUGUAAUUGGCUGCUGCUUUGGACUUUGGGCCACAAGAAAGCAGUGGCAGUAGCCUCUUUGGGCCUUGGGAUGAGCACCAGUGCCUGACUGAUAUGAAAUGUUUGUGACCAAUAAUGAUCGAUAGUGACUGAUUUAAGACUAAUUUUCUCCUAAUACUGCGUGUUUCUCACAGUGAAUGCUUUUUAGAUCUUUAAAUAAAAUAUAAUAUCAGCCAAAAAGAACAUCAUCAAACACAAAACACAUUUUUACUGUUAUUUAAUUUACUCAAAGAGUUUUUUCGCCCAUGGUAAUUAACCAAAUUUAGCUUUAGCAGAGGCCAAUUAUUCAGAAAGUCAAGUCAAAGUUUAUUAGCGCUUUUUACAACAGGUGUUGUCACAAAGCAGCUUUACAGAAAAAAUCUUGGUCCGAGCCCCCCGUGAGCGACAGUGGCAAGACUCCCUAAGAGCAAGAGGAAGAAACCUUGAGAGGAACUAAGACUCAAAAGGGGAGCCCAUCCUCCUCUGGUUGACAGCAGAUAGCAAAGAAUAACAUAAGAGCAAAAUAAACAAAGAAUAAGUUCCAAAAGUGCAGGUCUGUCUAGCCUCAGGUAAGGUCAGUGUUCACAACUCCACAGUAAGAAAUCGACUGGGCAAAUGAGGCUUUCAUAAAAGAGCAGCAGAAACCUUUUUAGGAUAAUGUUCUAUGGACAGACCAGCUCAACGUAACAUCAUACCAACAUCGAAACAUGGUGGUGGUAGUGUUGGGGAGGGAUUGUGUCUGUUCAUCUUUACUUGAGCUGAAGCUGAAAUGUACUCAGGUUCUGCAGCAAGACAACGAUCCAUGGCUUGAACCCAACAGAGAUGCUGUAGCAGGGCUUCAAACAAGCACUUCAUACUCAAAAACCUACCAGUAUAUCUGAAUUAAGGCAGUUCUGCAAAGAAGAGUGGGCUCAAAUUCCUCCACAACAAAUGUACAAGGCUGAUAUCAAAGUAUAGGAAACGAUGACUGCAGUUACUACUGCUAAAGGUCAGGAAACAAGUUUUAAGGGGGCUUAUUUACAUGAAACAACAUCCGCUAACAGCUGCGAACAUCUGGAUCUGUUUCACAUGAGUGAUUUGCAUGUUGGCUAACUGUAAAAAAUGAAAUAAUUUAAAAUCUUUUGUCCUUGAUAAGAUUCUCUUAGUCUAAUAUUGCAUCUUGUUUAAAGCUCUAAAAGCAUUCGUUGUGACAGAUGCAGUAACAGAUAAAAUCAGAAAGGGUGCGAAUACUUUUUCACAGCCCUAUAGUCAUAUGAUAUAAUUGUAAAUGGUUUCCUCCACAUCGGAGGUGUUUGUACGCACCAGUAUAAAACAGGUCACUAAAUAUUGGUGCAUCAUCAGCCAAGUUCUGAACAGUACUGAUAAUUUCACAGGACAUCAAUAUCGGCCAAUAUUACUGGCCAACUGAUAUAUCAGUCGGGCCCUAAUGAGCUCCAGAGGUUCUUUCUUUUUGGAUUGUGUUAUGUGACUCGCAUCUUCCUUCUCCAGCAAACUGUGGGCCCAGGAGAUGCUGCACCACUUUAUCUACAGACCUUACAGUCAUUCCCUCCAUAGGAGAACUGGACAUGUGCUCAACUUGCAAUCCUUUCCAUGGACAGACCUUCAGUGGUCAUUACUUUAUGUACACAAAGGCUGGUCAGUGUGAUACAACAUAAUUAAACACAUUCAUGCAAUAA